AACUCUGGUUGUCAAAGCAAAGUGUACAAUAUCAAUAUGGUGUAAGCUGCAACCUUCUUCAAUGUAAACCAGAUCUUCAUCUAGAAUCUAAGAUUAUUUGUUAACAAAAUCUUGGCCUAGAUUCUAGAUUUAAGAUUUAGAUCUAUAUAUAUGGAUAUGCAAACUCGUGAAAUAACAAAGUCAUCAAAUGUUAGGUUUAUCUAUUUCAAUAGUAUCUAGUUUAGAUCAACACUACAAGUAAGACUGAUAACACUUAAGUAGUAAAAAAAUGGAGCUUACUUCGACUAUUGGAGAAAUAGUGAUGAGUAACUAUCCAGAGCUGUCUGGUAGAAUGCUGAAUUUACUGUUGACAAAAGAAAUGUGUGAUGUACAGCUACAGGUUGGUAGUCAUACUUUUGAUGCCCACAAGCUCAUCUUAUGCUCUUGCAGUGACGUCUUUAAAACCAUGCUGACCAACCAGAAAUGGUCAGAGGCAAAUAAACCAGCUGUCAUUUUAGUAGAAGAGCCACUAUGUGAAACAGUAUUUGGCAGAUUUAUCCAUUACAUUUACAGUGGUCAGCUUUAUCUUUCACACAUUACAGUUGGCCCACUACUUACACUUGCUGAUAAAUACAAUGUCAAAGAUAUGGUAGAACUUUGCAGAUCCUAUAUGCGUAAACAUUUGGAUGCUCCGGUGGCUGUUUCUUGUGUUUUACAGUGGUGGCAAAUUGCUAUUAUGCGCAAUGAUUCAGAACUAGCAGACGCUAUACUUAGCUACAUUGAGUGCAAUUUCGAUAAGGUGAUUUCAAACCCAGAUUUCACAAAUGCAAAUCUAGAUAUUGUGGAAAAGCUAUUUGCCAGCUCUCGGCUUGUGAUACACUAUGAAGCUUUAAUAUUUUUUAGCGUUGUGAUGUGGCUCAAAGAUUACCUCGAUUUGCGACAUCCAUCGGAAGAUGAGACCAAAGAUGCUUUUAAAAGACUAAUUCGUCUUGUUCGCUGGCCUAUGAUGAACAAAGAUGAAGUAGCAUGGCUGAGAGAUUGUAAUGAGGUGCAUGAAUUUCUUGUAAUGUCUAAAUCAUAUAUGAGCUCAGAAGAUAUACCCCCAGACUUAGAUCCAUACUUACUGCUCAUGCCCUCCAAAGACAAUUCAAUCAUAUCCAAAUCUGGAGCUUGCCAGUAUGGAGUGUGCAAUAAUAUUUUAGGCUGUUCAAAUGAUGAACCUUACACAUUUCUACCCUUGGAAGACUCUCAGUGUUGUGAUUCAAGGUCAAAUCUUGACAAGGACAAAUGCUGCUUAAAAAGAAAAAAAAUGACUGAAAAAAUAAAGAACAGAGCUUUCAGACCCAGGGUUUAUUUCAGUGAUUAUUGGUGCACAAAGCUGACAGUUUCUAACUUCUUGGCUUUUCCACAAUACGCCACACAGACAUUCUUCUUCUCCACUCCAAAGACAGGUGACAGACAAGACAUUGGAAAUACACUCUUAGACUGGGAGGUCGAGCUCAGCCCAAAAGGUGUGCGUUUCCCACCUGCUGUUUUGAUUGGCUUAGAACAAGACGGCAGUAAAUUGAUAGAAGAAUCUUACAUUCCUACUUGUAGGCUAUCUGUAAUAUCUAGAUCACCACAAGAGCUUCCGUUGAAGGUUCAGGUCAAUAUAUUGGUUCAGGCUAAUAGCCCAGCCAACCCUGGUUCAUAUUACUUUGAGAAUUGUCAGCGACACAUGUGCAUCUUCGAUGGUAACAGCCAGCGGCACAACUUUGACGACAUUGUGCCUUACGAAAAUUUUACCUCAUAUCUUCAUCCCGAGGGUCCCAUCUCAGAUCUGUACCCUACAAGGACACUAGCCUUCACACUGUUUAUUGUUAUACGACCUUUAACCUAAGAUUUAUUUGUUCUUUUUAUCUGAUAUGUUAAUUCAUAUAUUUGUUUUACAUUUGUUGAGAUUAAUUUGUGCACAAUAUAUUCGGGGAAGAAUCCGAUUACCAUAUUCAUUAGGAUUUUGGCCCUCAGGAAAAGAAAGAGGGCAUUAAAAAUGGAUUUUAUUUAUAUGCAAAAUAUUGUGAAAAAAUGUACAUUAGUACUUUUAAUUUUUAAAAAUAGAAAUUUAUUGACUUCUUUCUUUUGAAUUUUGAAAAUGAUACAGUUAGUGAGAAAUAAGUUGAAAAAUUAUAUAUAUAUAUUUUUAUUUUAAAAAUAUAAUAAUAAGCCAUUGAGACUUUUUUUCAUUUAGAAUUUCCUCUGAAAUAGCAAAACCAUUUUAACUACAGAGCUAAUCUAUCAUUUAAAGACAAACCACUCAGCAUAAUAUUUAUUUGACUUAGAUUAUCAUUAUUUCUUAAAAUAAUCGGGAUGAUAACUCACCCGGCCUGGCUAAUGUCAGUUCUCUGUUUUAGAUUUGUAUUUCAGAAUUUUUGGAAAGUUUUUUUUUUUUUCUGCAUCUUCGAAUUUCUGUGACUGUAUAGUUAGUUCUCGAAGCUUGUGGAUAGUUACUGGAAAGAUUUUCUUUGUAUAUAAUUUUGUUUACUGGCAAUUUGUAAAUCAUAGACUUUUUGCAUAAGAAACUCAAGAAAUAGUCCAAAAUUAUUUUUAAAAAAUUUAAACGAGGUUCUUAGCAAAAUAAUGAAAUCAAGCGUGUUUAGGGUUAUUGUCAUUUACUGUAAACUACAACCAUCUUCCUUGCAAUCUCCAGCCUGGAAGCACACUAUUGAACAAAAGACUUUCAAUAGUGGCUCUUAACCUACAGGAUAGCAAGAGAAUAUAAAUUAACUGGGAAUUGUAAAUUUUGUAUUUUUUUUUUUCAUAGAAGAUUUCCCAUUCUUCUUGCACUAAUGCUACAAUUUGGGAAUUCUUCCACUUCUUAAACGGGUGCUUUUGUAUAGAGUGUUCGGAAUACUAUAACUGUCUCCGUCUUUCCAUGACCCACAUUCAUGCUUUGUAAAAAUGCCUUAUGUAUGGGAAACAAAAGUCUAGAUUGGUUGAAAGCAUUGUUCCCAUUGUUCCUGAGGUGAAGUUCCCUGUUUUGUUGUUUGACAUUUCUUGGUGGUGGUUCUGUUUAGGUUUGUAUAAUAACUUGAUGAUGUAGGGUUAUGUCUUUUUCUUGAAUGUAAGAUUGUUAUCAGAUUUUUCUUAAUAUUAAAUUUUGUUUUUUGGUUUUAGACUUUUGAAAUAAAUGCUCAGUACUUGAUCACAUAAUUGUACAUUUUUAUCAAAGCUUCAAUAGCCAGGGAUAGUUCACAUCGUGAAGAUAAUGUGACUUCUCAACUCCUUUCUCUGAAUUCAGCCCAAAAUUUUUACUAGUUUGUGGUUACCCUUUUUUUUUUAAACCUAGCAACCCCUGGGCCUUGUCUAAUUGAAUGUUUCUUAGUAUGUCUUAAAUGUGUCUAGUGGUUCUUCCAGAGUUGAAGAGAUUAGCUUACAAAUUUGUUGUUUUUAAUUUGUUAUUCUCCUGUGAUACACUGCAUGAACUUUGUUGUCUGUUAUUUUAAGAUUUUGUUCAUGUGUUGAAUGGCUCUCGCCAAUACUAUUUUCCAUUUAGGUGAAAUAUAUCGGAGUAACACAUCAGUAUUUUUUUUUUUAAUGUAAAGAUUAUAAUGUAACCAGUAUAAAAGUGUAAUUGUUUUGUUCCUUUCCAUAUCAAUGUGUAUCAAAUUAGUAUAUGAAGAGCGACAAAAAAAACAACCCCCUAAACAAACCCCCAGCACUAGCUCAAUUUUGUUGCUUUCUACUCUUAAUGUGUAAGACCAACAGAAACUUUCUUGUUUAACAUGCAAAUCAUUUUACUUUUUGUUUUAGAGCUUCAAUGCUAGUAGAAUCAGGAUUCCAUUGUAUUUGACAUAAAUAUACAGUCUCUAGAUUUUAAUAACCUAAGAAACUAAACUAUAAUUCCAAUGUAUAAAUAAUUUAUUUUUAUAAUUACAACUCUGAAUAACACACAUUUUCUGUUCUUUUUGUAAGUUUAAAAAUUAUUUGUACAUUGACUAUAGUUAUUUUAUGGUUUAUCAUUUUAUAAAUUCUUCGUUUAAUUCAAUUUCUAUUCACCAUGUCAGAAACUAGAAGAAAAAUAGUUAAGAAGUUAUACAUACUAGAGACUUGCUACUUUACGAACAAUUCAUCUGAAUCUUUUUUGUUCCAGUCAGUGAGAGAGUGUUUUGUGGUCAGUCCAAGUGCUAACCCCCAUUAGUUUCCCCAGCUCACAUGUAUGAUUCUUCCAUGCCAAUCUGUAAUAUCUGUAUUAUAUAAGAUAAGAAUCCUAUCAACAACCUUGCCACAUCUCCUAAAAGAUAUUUCCUAUUGAAAAUAAACUGUAGAUGAUUGCUUUAAAGAUUUCAGAUAGUUCAUUUGGUUUUACUUUUACUUCAAGCAUGCUAUUUUAGUGGUGAAAUGAUUUCAUUGUUUUAUUAAAAGUUUUCUUGGAAGUACUGUAAA